AUGCCGGGCGCCUCUAUUUUUCCAACAUCGCGCGCUGACCUUGACGCUCGAAGCACUAUUCUUUCAAGGUCGCCGACUUCCAGCACGAGGCAUAGCCACGUUCACUGGCCUAAGCUGUCCUCGUGCCCACGCCAGUGGUGUGCAGGGGGAAAAAACACCCCCCGAGCUUCUCCACAAGGUCAGCGUCACGCGAAGUCAAGAAAACAUCCGGGACGGGGGAGGGAGGAGAAGGAGGAGGAGGAGGAGGAUUAG